AUGAUGCUACUUCAUGUAAAGAUUAUUAAUCGAAAUUCACCAUUAUAUGAUGCUAAUAAUAAAAUAAAUGGUUUCCAUGUUAAUUGUAAAGCACGUGAAGAUCUUAACUGGACACAAUCAACAUUCACAAAUAAAGAAUCAGCAUUAAUACAUGGCUUAAAAUCAUCAUCAUCAACAUAUUAUCAUUUUUGUGUAUCAUUUAUUAAUCGUAUGGAUAUAUCAGCAUAUUCAUGA